AGGUGGCGCAAAAGUAAUCCUCCUAUCAGAAAAUGCUAUAAAUUUUGCGAUUGGCCCCUAAUGUCAGUUCUGUUUUGACAUUUGUGUAGUAAAUACAUGCGAAAUACACGUUAAUAGACAAUGUUACGCCACACUGCUCCAGAACGCGGAAUAUUGCUGACUAUUUAUUUGACCAAUAAUCGGUCGGUGACUUUGGCACAACGUGAAUUUCGUCGCAGAUUUCCUGGCCGUCCAACGCCUACUGGUGAAACACUGCGACGUUUAGUCCCUCGCCUCGAAGAGACUGGCACAACACGAGAUGCUGCCAGGCGUGGCAGGACCCGGAGUAGCCGUUCUGCAGAGAAUAUUGCUGCUGUAGCCGAGGAUGUCAUGGAAGCGCCGUCGACAUCGACCAGACGACGUGCCACGCAAAUGGGUAUCAGUCGACGGUCUUUACAGCGAAUUUUGGUACAAGAUUUGAAGAUCUUUCCGACGGUGCAACGGCACACACUACACGUGCCAUAACCGAUAUGCUUAAGGAUGCAAUUCCCGGGCGCCUAAUCUCCCGUUUUGGCGAUUUGCACUGGCCAGCAAGAUCGCCUGAUUUGACCGCUCCAGACUUCUUUUUGUGGGGCUUUUUGAAGUCGCGGGUUUAUGUCAACAAGUCUCAGACUCUUGCAGCUCUUAAAUACAAUAUCCGUCAAGAAUGUGAGGACCUAUCGCCGGAAGUUUUGGCCAAUGUGAUGGAAAAUGCCAUAAAAAGGGCUCAAAUGACAAUCAACUGUGGCGGCGGCCAUUUACAUGACAUCAUAUUCUCGACUUGAUGUAAAAAAAACUAAAAGACCAAAUAAAAAUAAUCCACAAGAAGAAUCAAAGUUUUUAAUUUUUUUUUUAAUUACAGCCAAAAAACAUCGGAAGUUUACUUUUGCGCCACCU